AUGUGUCUCCUGGUUAGAUUUUUCUCUUUGGGAAAUAUAAAGAGUAGAAGAAUUCAUAGAAAAUUACUAGCUAUCACUAGAACAAAAGUAGAUUAUAAUACUAAAUCUAAAUUACUUAUAGCUAAUGCUUUGAAGCUAUCUGAAUCUAAAGCUAGAAUCCUUAUGGAUAAUGUAAAGAUGGAUAUGAAGUGUAACCAGAUAUCUGCUGAAAGACGCUAUCUUUUAUUAUCUUUUGUGGAUUCCUUGAUAUGUUCUAAGUUAAUGUACCUUAAGUUAUGCAAUUGCAAUAAGCUUUUAAGCUACAUAGUUGAACUUUCUAAUUUAGACAAUGUAAGCUCUAAUUUCAACAAAAAUGACAGAGAAGAUUCUAUUAUGAUGCUCUGUAGUUAUGCCCUAGCAUGCCUUGAUAGAUGGAUCAACAAAUACAAAAAUUUUAAUGAUCCCAUUAGUGACCUAUUAAUGAAUAUGGAACAGAAUAGGAAGUCAGAAUUAAAAGUAAUGGGAACAUUAGAUUCACCAAGUAACAUUAAUGUUGGAUAUAAUACAACUAAAGCUUCAGAAUCAGGAAUAACUUCAACUAAGUCUAAAGAAGCUGAAAUUUUUGAAUCUAAACAUCCAAAGAUUGAACCCUAUCCGAUUAAAGCUUUAUAUGAGGAGAGCAGUGGUGAUGGUAUUUCAGCUACUUUUGGAAGUGAGCAUUCAAAGUGCAUAUGGGAUGACCAAACUUAUAAAGAAGCAAAUCAACACAUCUCGGCAAACUCAAUUACUUUAUCAGAUUUUAAUUAUCUGAAUAAUAUUUCCCUAGAAGCUACUAUAAAAUCUGAGGAUUUUUCUGUUAUUGCUUCUGAUUCUAUAGAUUCUGAAUAUUCUAAUAAACAAGGAAUUUUAAUAAAAGAUACCUCUUCACCUCAACCAGAUACUGUGAAUAAUGACAAAUCUGAUGAUAAUCAUUUACAUAACUUAAAUGGAAAUAAUAUAUUGCAAACUUCUCAAGUUGACUUCAAACAUAAACUAAAAGAUAUAGCCCAGAAUAUAUCUACUCCAUAUACUGACUUUCAUAAUAAGAGUGAUGAAUAUAUUUUGACAUCAUCUAGUGAACUAAAUUUACAACUUCAAUAUACUCGUUCAAUGUGGAUGCGUGAGACUACUAGGGCAACAAACUUAUCGGAUCAAUUGGAAUCCCUAAAAACUAAAUACAACCAUCUAAAAGAAUCAUACUUAAUUUUAAUGCAAAAGAAUGAUGCCUUACAGUCUCGAAUAAAUUUCUAUGAAAUGUACAAAUCAGAGAAUUUACCAAAUCUUGAUACACAUGAUGAAUUUACAUUAAAGAAGGUGAAAAUCAAAGAUGAUACUCAUGUUAAUAAUAUAAUAAGUCGUAGUAGUGUAAUUUCAAGGAAAGCUAUCGAAGUUAACAAAAGUCUCUACUCUAACGGAAAUAGAAAUACCCUUGAGAAUAUGAGAAACUUGAUUCUCAAUAAUGAAUGGAUUUGCUAUGAAGACAAAAUACUUCAGAUUGGAAUCUCAAGUACUUAUACUGAUAAUACUGGUCAUAUUUGUAUAUAUUUUGGAAAUAAAUUUAGCUUUCGUUUAGAAAACUUUGAAGCUAUAAUUAAUACAAAUUCUAUAAAUAGUACUUCACUAGAUAUCUGUCUCACAUAUAAUGGUUUGGUACAUGAUUACUUAUUGCCAAAUCAACAGAUUUAUCAAGAGUAUAGUAUAAAGUGCCUUGAACUAUAUGAGGGAGCUCCAAAGCUGUUAGUCAAUUUCCUUCUACCAGACAAUACCCCUCAGAAAUUAGUGCUAUUUUUACCUAUAGUAAUCAGUAAAUUUAUGAGUCCAAUUGAGAAGCAUACAAAUAACUUUGUAUUCGAAUUAUGGCACUCCGAGCAAUUUUUAUAUUCAGAAGUAACAAACGAAAUCCAAAUUGAUAAAGAUCUUCAAGGAAAUUUGUCUGGUAUAAUUGAUGCAUGCAAACUUGGCAAUGCCUUACAAGUUUUUUUGGGAAAUAAUGAUAAUACUCUUGUAUCAGAAUCCUCAAUACCUGAUUCAUACUUUUUUCUUGUAGGAAGCUUUAAGCAACUAAGAGUUGUUGUUAAGUUGGAGUUCUAUAGUACAUCUGCGAAAGUAUGCAAUAUGCGUGUAAGAGCUGACUCACCUUUAUUCAGCUGUAUCAUAUCUUCAUUAAUUUACUUUCAACUGUCAUCCUCUAUAAUGACUUAA